AUGGAAACUCAUUUUAAAAAACAAAAGAAUUUGGAGGAGCGCAUUUGUGUUCUUGAGGCAGAAUUACAGAGAAAAUGUUUGGAGGCCAGAAAUGCUUCAGAAGACCUAGAGGAGGCUGCUCUCGAAAAGGUAAAGCUGAAGCAAGAUCUUGACUUAUCAAAGGACCAACUCAAGGAGGUCACUGAUUCCUAUCAGAAAGUUGCACAGGAACUUGAAGACUUGAAACAAAAUGCAUUUCCGCAUGAGCAGGAGAUAGAAAGUCUCAGAGCUGCUUUGGUCGUUCUGAAAAGCCAAGAAGAUGCAAAAUCAUGUGAGAUUGAAUCUUUGAAAAACAAACUUCAGGAGGCCCAAUCUGAGCAAGCUAAAGCAUUAGAGACAUUGAAUGAAAAAAAUAUGAACAUGAGCAAAAUCAAAGUACAGCUUGAAAUGUUGCAGAUGGAUCUUGAAGAUAAUGAAACCUGCAUUAAUUCCUUUGAUGCACAAGUAGAGGAGCUGCAAGGCAACAUCAGUGUUCUUGAAGCAAAGUUAGGUGAGAGCGAGGCCCAGAGGUCCACCCUACAAGCAGAGCUUGAGUCCGUCAAAGACGACUAUACAAAGAGUGUACUUGAAGUGUCACAACUAUCUGCAUGUUUGGAGAAAACACAAAAGGAACAACAGUCUAGUUCUGCAUUAGUCACAGAGUUGGAGUCUCUCAGUGUAACUAAUGAAAAACUUAAAGUUUCCCUAGAGCAAGAGAAGUGCAAGCGGGCAAACCUUGAAGCAAUGCACAACAAUCUUAUGGAACAAAAACUAAAGUUGGAAUCUGAUAUCCAGGAAUUAAAAGCAGAUGCUCAGAAUUCUCAGGAGCAAAUGGAAAAAAUAAAGCAGGCACAUGAUUGUCUGCUAUCUCAGAUUGUGGAACAGCAAACUCACAUAGAACAGCUUCAGUCUGAGAAGAAUCUUGCUCCAAACUCUGAUGCAGACACAAUUAAUAAAGAGCAAAUCGCAUAUGAGAAUGACCAAGAUAUUUGCGAAAUGGCAUUUGCCAACACAUCUAUUUUGCCCUUUGAAGAAGACACUUCUGUUCUGAAUAUUUCAUCACCUGGAGAGCAGCUUAAUUCACAAGAAGAGGCCCAAACAUCCUUGUCAUCAGAUGAGGAUAUCAAACAAUUAACACUGAAAGAGCUAAUGCAAAAUCAAUCCAGGGAGCUAGAGGAGUUAUCUCAUGUUCUUAGGGAGACUGUCAGAACCAUGGAGGAGCAAACUGGGGUUAAAAUAGAGCAACUCAAAUUACAGCAUUCUAAAGAGCUUCAGAGCAUGGAGGACCAAAUGCUCAAUAUCAAAAAUGAGUUGGAGGCCAAACUCAGAGAAGAAAAACAACACACAGAGAUCUUGUCCUCACAACUGGAGACAACCAUGCAGCAACUGCAGGAAUUGGACCUUGCAUCAUCAUCCUCCUUACUGGCUACUGAAACCUCGCAGGAAAUGGAAAAAAAGACAUCUGAAGCACAGGAAAACAUAAUGCAUCAUCCUGAACAGUCAGACUCCACUCCAGAUAUUAGCCAGGAAAGUGAAAAAUCACUUGUGGAACUUGAAGCGCUUAAGGAAACUCUGAGGACGCGAGAAGAGGAGAUUCGGCAUUUGCAAUCCCAGUUUGAAGUCUUGGAAUCUGAAAUGGCAAUUAGAAAACAUUUGUGCUCAGACUUGGAGGGCAAAGUCCGUGAAAUGGAAAUAGAAAAGACAAACAGCACAGGCAAAUUGAUGUCUGUCACUCAAGAAAACCAGAAACUGAACAAUCACAUUGGAGAGUUGAAAAUAGAGAUUGAUUCAUUGGAACUACAGCUACAGACCUCCAAAUGCCAGCUCUCAGAUGUUAUAGAGAUGAUGGAAAGCUUAGAGAUGGCAAAAGGUGAGUGGGAUGAGAAAUUUUUCCAGAUUGAGAGCGAACUAAAAAGAGUGCGUUCUGAGAAGGCCAAUUUAGAGAAGCACAUCCUGUCCAUGGAGGCUGACAUAGAGGAGAUACAAGAACAGAAACAAAGGCAAGCAGCAGAGCUUGAAGCAGCUAGGAGGACAAAUUGCAGCCUUGAACAACAACUUAAUACAACUAUGGCAGAAGGUGGGCGACUCAAAGAAGAGCUUAUUUUGUGUGCUGAUGAAAGGGAAAGUGAAAAUCACUCCUUAAUGAAGUGGAAAGAAAAGGCUGAGCUUCUGGAGAAGAGAGAGACUGAUACACGAGAACUUAUAAAAGAACUAGAAGAGGACAUUAGGGCAGGGAAAAGGCAAAACGAAGCUGCAUCUAACCAAAUUGAUGUCCUGAGGAGAGAAAAAGAGCAACUAAUUCAACAGUCUCAAAACUUUGAGAAUACAGUGGCUCUUUUGUCUGAAGACAAUAAAAUUUUGUUAAGUGAAUUGAACGGUUUAAAGAACGAUGAGAAUUUUGCUUCAAGAGAGUCUGAAAACAUGUCUUCCAGAAUCCAUUCACUUGAGAAUGAAAAUGUCAGGCUGUCCCAGUCCCUUGAAUCGUCCCUCUUGGAGAAAGGUGAAAUAGCCUCCAGGUUGAUUUCUACUCAGGAGGAAGUAGCACAGAUGAGACGGGGCAUUGAAAAACUGAAGGUACGAAUUGAAUCUGAUGAACGGAAAAAGAACCACAUGAGUCAGCUGCUCAAAGCUGCACAGAGGAAGGCAGAUGUUCUUCAGGACAACAUUGAAAAGCUCGAGAGAGAAAAAGAACUUUCUGAACAGAAUCUUGAGGAUGCCAUUCUUCAAGCAGAGAGUGCCAAAGCUGAGCUCGAGGAAAUACAGGUUGAAAAGCAAGAGCUUACCAAGAAAAUUGAAGAGAUGGUCACCGAGCUGAAGGAUCUCAAGGAGGAGAAGUAUAAACUUGAGCAAGAACUUCAGCAAAAGAACAGUCUAAUUGAGGAAUUGCAGUUGUCCAAUCAAGCAGCUUCUGAAAAGCUUAAAUCUGUGGAAGAGGCAACAGUGAACCAGCAACAAAUGAUCACAGACUUCCAAUUUAAAGUUGGUGCCAUGGAGGAGGAACUUCAACUCUGUCGAACAGAGGUAGAAUCGAAAGAACUGAAAGCACAGGAUUUGACCUCUCAGUUGCUGUCUUUGCAAUCUGAAAACAAAGAGUUUGCCCAGAGAGUCCUUGAAUAUGAAAGGUGUCAGGCGGAGCUUUGUUCAACCAACAAGUCAGUCUUGGAAGACUUUGAAAACAGACAGCAGGAGCUUAGCAAAGAAAACGCCCGACUUCAGUCACAAAUAGAUGAGCUGCGUGUGCUAUCUUCAAUUCAGGAAGAGCGUGAUGAAUUGCAAAAGGACAAGGUUGAGUUACAGUCUACUAUUGCACAGCUGGAGGAGAAGACUCAUUUGCAGUCUUCCAAGAUAGAGGUCAUGCAGAAAAAUAUCACUUCUCUAGAGAGCAAUAUCCAACAGCUAGAGAGCCAACUUGAUGCAAUGAAGCUCAUGAACUCAGAACUUACAGAAAAGUUAAAUGUACUACAUGAGAGCAGUUUGCACCUCCACACGCAACAUCAGCAAGAACUGUCUGAGGCAAGGGAAAGGCAUAAUGUAUUGGAGAUUAAUCAAAAUCAGUUGACUUGUCAACUGCAGGAGUCUCAAAAACAAAUCGAAAUGUACAAGCUUGGCUUGGAAGCAUUGACAAUAGAGAAAGAUGGUCUGCAGAAAAAUGUAUCUGAUAUUCAAGAAAAUCAUGAGGUUCAGAUGAAGGAAAAUAACAGGAGACAUGAGGAGAACCUAAAACAUAUACAGCAGCAGCAUGAGAUGGAGAUUAAUACACUGAAGGAAGAAAAGAUGGUGGUUGAAGAAAGGGCUGCACAGUAUCUAUCUGACCUCAAUAGCUUCAAGUCUCAAAAUGCAGAUGUGGAGUCUGCCUUAAAGGAGUUACAAAAUAAACUGGGAUAUUGUGAAAAUGAAAAGGCAGAGUUAGACUCAAAGGUUGUGCGCUUGUCCAAGGAGAAGGACAGUGCUAUGAGUAAGAUCAAUUUGUGGAUGAAGUCAUGCAAACAGCUGGAGAGUGAGAAGCAGGCACUUCAGGAAGAACUUCAGCAGCAGGGACAACAGAUAGCAGCACUGCAGGCCUCACAGAAACAAGGUGAUGGCAGCAGUGAUGCCCUGCAGGAAGAACUACAGGAGCUGAAGGAAGCUCUGGAGGAAAAGAGCCGUGAGGCGGACGACAGCAUGGACCGAUACUGCAGCCUCAUGAUCAAAGUUCACAAGUUGGAAGAGACCAAUGAAAGCCUCAAGAGCCAGCUCAAUCAGUUGAGCACCCAGACAAAGACACCCAAGAGCAGGAGGUCCCUGAGGUCUGAGAAGAGUGACAUGGAGAACAAUAAGCCAGUGGAAGACACCAAGAGCGUGCCAGCAGGAAAGAGACAAAGAGCAGCAGAUGAUACCCCCAGCAAAGCACAGGAAGCCCUGCACAGUAUCACCAAGAGACUGAAAGCUGCGGCUGCCACACCUAAAGCCACGCAAGACGAUGAGGAUUUCAGACCAGAGGGUUUGCCUGAACUUGUUCAGAAAGGUUUUGCGGAUAUUCCAAUUGGAGAGAUGAGCCCAUUCAUCAUUCGCAGAACCACAGCACAGCGCUGCAGCCCUCGUCUGGUCGCCCGAACAACUGCAGCUCAGCAGAGCUCCGUAUUAGCAGAACAUCCUGUGCAAAUCUCCAAACAGACAGCAGAGGGCAGAAAAUCAAACACAGUCCAGGCUCCUAAGGCGAUCCUGAGCAAUAUGGCUGUAUCAUCUCCACUUGCCAACAGUCCACGAGAAAACAGCUGUGAAAACCCUGUGACAGAGCGGAAAAUGAGCAGGCGCUCUCGUGGCUUCAAGAAGACCCCUGAGAAACAGGAAUGGCUCAGCUCCUCUCCAAAACAAAACGACAACUGCCAAGUUCAGUGAUUACUGAGAUGCCAUGCAAUUUUCCUGUUUUAAAUGCUAUAUUUUUUCAGAAUGUUUAUGCACUGGCUUUUUAGCUUUGUAAAUAAUAUUCAAGAGCAGCUAUCGUAUGGAUUCUGAUUUUCUAUUUCUUGUUUCGUACGUCUCAUAUUUUUGUUCUUUUUUACUAUUUCAAAACCCAAAACAACUGAUGCGUUAUUAACACAGAAUAGCUGUAUGGUUUUAGUGUAUUAUAUUGACCUGAUUUCUUUUAUCCUUUUGUAUUUUUAUAGAGACAUUACAACUUAUCACUCCAUUUUACUGUUUGUCACUCCUUUUUUCUGACUGCUUUACUAAACUUUAUGCUGCCUAACAAA